GCAGAUCCUGCGUGAGCACGGCUGCCUGCCGACACUGCUGCAGCACCUGAAGUCCCACAGUUUGACCAUCGUGUCCAACGCCUGCGGGACGCUCUGGAAUCUGUCGGCACGCGAUGCUAAAGACCAGGAGACGCUGUGGGAACUGGGUGCUGUAGGCAUGCUGCGGAACCUCAUCCACUCUCGACACAAGAUGAUCGCCAUGGGCAGCGCCGCYGCUCUGAGGAACCUGAUGGCCAACAGGCCCGCACGCUACAAGGACGCCAGCGUGGUGUCACCGGGCGCCGGCGCCCCGUCGCUUCACGCUCGCAAACAAAAAGCCUUGUUUGAGGAGCUGGACGCUCAGCAGCUGUCAGAGACCUUCGAUAACAUCGACAACCUGAGCCCCAAAGCAGCCCACAGGAAGGGGCGGGGCUGUAACGGUACUGGAGCAGGGGGAGGAAAUGCAACACGCUCCUACACCAACACGCCGGUUUUAUCAAGCCCAAAAAGUGUAGACGGCUCAAAGAGGGUGAGUGAGGAAGGGGCGUACCCUCGGUCAGUGUUCCCGCCCAGUGUGCGCGCCUCCAGCGACAGCCUGAACAGCGUGACGAGCACCGACGGCUACGGCAACCGCGGCAAGACCAAGCCGUCGUCCGACACCUUCUACUUCUCUGACGAGAGCGGCGCCAACAAGUGCUGCGUCUACAGGAAGUACCCCGCCGACCUGGCUCACAAGAUCCGCAGCGCCAACCACAUGGCUGACGAUGACGGCGCWGAGCUGGACACGCCCAUCAACUACAGCCUGAAGUAUUCAGACGAGCAGCUGAACUCCGGCAGGCAGAGCCCCAGUCACCGCAGCGACAUCGACAGUGACGACAGCCAAGAUGUCCGGCUGCGGACAAACAACGGCGGUGAAUCGGGGCCGAGCGGCAGCCGCAUGGCGUUGGCUCCACCCCCUCACUACACUGUGACGGCGCCGUCCAGCUACAGUAAUGAGCCGGGCCCUGAGCAGCCCAUAGACUACAGCCUGAAGUACAGCGCUGACACCAACCGCAAACCGCUCUUCAAGCAAGAAGAAACAGCUGUGCCCUCGCUGGCUCCUCCCACUUCCUCCUCCAAGCUCCACCCUCUGGCUCCUUCACGCACGGUGACAAAGAGCAACCAGGAGUCCACGCAGACGUACUGUGUGGAGGACACGCCCAUCUGCUUCUCCAGAGGCAGCUCCCUGUCCUCUCUGUCGUCAGAGGAAGAGGAGGAAGUCAUCAAGAGGAGCGGCGGCGGCAGCAGCAGCAACUACCCGACACUUCCUGUCAGUGAGAAAGACUCUGAUGAGCAGCAGCAGCAGCGGCGCCAGCAGAAGGAGGCGGAGAGUCAAACAGCAGCUCCUCCCUCUACUCGAGGGCGCCGGGGUCAUCACCACCACCAUGGCCACGCCCAUCACCAUCAUCAUCACCACCAGGCCACGUCCUCGUCGGGCACCCGGACCCCAAAGAGCCCCCCGGAGCAGCUGUACGCGCAGGAAACGCCGCUGAUGUUCAGCCGCUGCACGUCGGUCAGCUCUCUGGACAGCUUCUCCACCUCCUCCAUCGCCAGCUCCGUCCGCUCCAGUGAGCCCUGCAGCGGCGUGCCGAGCGGCGUGGUCAGCCCCAGCGACCUGCCCGACAGCCCGGGUCAGACCAUGCCCCCGAGCAGAGCCAAGACCCCCCCGCUGCCACCGCCCGCCCAGACCACCAAGAAGGAGCAGAAGGCCAAGGAGGAGGAGGAGGAGAGCAGCGCUGACGUCCUGCUGCACUUCGCCACAGAGAGCACGCCACACGGCUUCUCCUGCGCCUCCAGUCUGAGCGCGCUCAGUCUGGACGAGCCCUACAUCACAGCCCAGAUGAAGGUGAAGGCCAAGGAGGASGGGGGCAGCAAGGACACCAAGGUGGAGACCCCCAAACCCAUCCUGGAUGAGUCGGACGACGAUGACAACGAGAUCCUGGUGGCGUGCAUCACCAUGGCCAUGCCCAAGCCCUCCCAGAAACCAAAGAAAGCAGCGCAGCAGCCAGCGCCGCGCAAGUCCAGCCAGCUUCCUGUUUACAAGCUYCUCCCACCACAAAGAGCCCAGCCACAGGAUGUCCCUCCCCCGGCGGCUGAGGACGUGCCCAGAGUCUACUGUGUGGAAGGGACGCCCCUGAACUUCUCCACGGCCACCUCACUGAGUGACCUGACCAUCGAGUCUCCUCCCAACGAGGAGGCUCCUCUGACCCUGGCUCCUGUGGCCUCGCCUACGUCUGCUCCACGGAGGAGGGCGGGCUUUCCUGAGGGCGAGAACGGUGACGACAUCCUGGCUGAGUGCAUCAACGCCGCCAUGCCUAAAGCUAAACCCAGGAAGCCCAUGAGAGCAGCAGCAAACACUGAGCACCUGCAGGCUCCGCCCCUUCCUGCURCCGUCUCUGCUCCAAUCCCACCUUCUCUCUGCCAGCAGCUGCAGAAGAAGAAGCCGACAUCUCCGGUGAAGCCGAUGCCUCAGCGGCCUCCGUACGGUGCUGCAGCUGCUAAAGCUAAACCAGGCUUUGCCUUCGACUCUCCUCGCCACUACACGCCCAUCGAGGGAACGCCAUGCUGCUUCUCACGCAACGACUCGCUCAGCUCUCUGGACUUUGAUGAAGAGGAGUGUGGAGAGAAGGAGGGAGAGGACAGGAAGCCUAAAGAGGAAGGCAGGAAGAAGAAACAACAAACUGCUGCCGUCUUCCCUCGAACCAAAGCUGCAGCCAAUCAGACGGCUUCAGACGAGAAACAGAAGUUCUCCAUGGAGGACACGCCCGUCUGCUUCUCCAGAAACCCCUCUCUGAGCUCGCUCAGCGACAUCGACCARGAGAACAACAACAAGGAGUUUGCUCCGCCUCCAGAGGAAGAGCAGGUGGCAGGCAAAGCAGCUGCAAAGUCUCCUCCCCCUCCUGCUGAGGUGGAUUUGAAGCCCCGCCCCCCUGCUGCCAGCGGCUACGCCCCCAAAGCGUUCCACGUGGAGGACACGCCGGUCUGCUUCUCGAGGAACUCGUCGCUCAGUUCGCUCAGCAUCGACUCUGAGGAUGACCUCCUGCAGGAGUGCAUCAGCUCCGCCAUGCCCAAGAAGAAGAAGAAAGUGUCCUCACUUCCUGUCCCCGCCUCCAUCUCUGUGUCCAAAACAGAUGAGGGCAUUCUGGCUGAGGAGGAGCCUUCAGAAGCUCCUAGAAGCCCCGCCUCCCCCGACUCUGAGUCGUUUGAUUGGAAGGCUAUUCAAGAAGGUGCCAACUCAAUCGUCAGCAGCCUGAACGCCGCCGCCGCCGCCGCCUCGUCGUUGUCCCGCCAGCCGUCGUCAGACUCUGACUCAGUUCUGUCUCUGAAGUCUGUGGGCUCGCCCUUCCACCUGCCCAGAGCCAAUAAGAACCUGGAGGAGGGCGAGGAGGAAGAGGAGGAC